AGGGCACCUCGACUAUAAACCCCACUCUCCCCUCGUCCUCUUCCUCUCGCCGUCUCGCGCCCCCAAAUCGGGCCAUCCCCACUCCCCAAUCAAUCAACCAGUCCCCAAAUCGAUCGAAGCCGCAGCUUUUAAUCCCAUAAUUACUCCAAAAUGGAGAAAAUAUCUGCUCCUAACCACCCGAUCUGCUCCUGCGCGAGACCCUAGAGAAUGGGGGAGGCGGCGGCGAAGGGCCUGAUGCACCGGAGGAUAGAGUUCCACGCCGCCACGAAGCCCCGUGCGGCGGCGGCUGUGGCUGUGCCGGGAGGGUUUCGGAUGGAGAGGCUCCUCGCGGACGCUGAUAAGCGCGUGGCGGCGCGGAGUGAGGGCGAGGGCAGGACGUUCGAGAAGGGGGAGAGUAGCGGCGGGAGUGGGUUCGAUCCGGAGCUCAGCGCUGCGAGGAUCUACCUGCGGAGAAUUGGGGCUGGCUUGCACAACCUUGGUAACACGUGCUACCUCAAUUCGGUUCUGCAAUGCUUGACAUAUACCGAGCCAUUCGUGGCCUACCUGCAGAGCGGCAAGCACAAGUCUUCAUGUCGGACUGCUGGAUUCUGUGCAUUAUGCGCUCUUCAGAACCAUGUUAAGUGUGCUCUACAGUCAACUGGGAAGAUUUUGACACCGAUGCUGUUUGUCAAGAACUUAAGAUGCAUUUCUCGUAGUUUUCGGAAUUCUAGGCAGGAAGAUGCACAUGAGCUAAUGGUUAACUUGCUUGAGUCAAUGCACAAAUGCUGUUUGCCUUCUGGUAUACCAAGUGAGUCUCCAAGCGCUUAUGAGAAGAGUCUAGUUCACAGAAUAUUUGGUGGCUGCUUAAGAAGUCAGGUGAGAUGUACAAGGUGCUCACACUGUUCCAACAAAUUUGAUCCUUUCCUUGAUAUCAGUCUUGAAAUUGGCAAUGCUGCCACAUUGAUGAAAGCACUUCAAAAUUUUACCAAGGAGGAGCUAUUAGAUGAUGGGGAAAAGCACUACAACUGUCAGCACUGCAAGCAGAAAGUUGUGGCCAAGAAAAGGUUUACUAUCGAUAAGGCUCCUUCUGUGCUGACUAUUCAUCUGAAGCGCUUUAAUCCUUUCAACCCUCUUAAAAAGAUUGACAAAAUGGUGGAUUUUCAAACAACAUUAAACUUGAAGCCAUUUGUCAGCAAUUCAGAAGGUAUGGACUUGAAAUAUAGCCUUUAUGGUGUUUUGGUUCAUGCUGGUUGGAAUACACAAUCUGGUCAUUAUUAUUGCUUUGUUCGGACAUCCAUUGGGAUAUGGCACAAUCUUGAUGAUAACCAGGUUCGCCAAGUCCAUGAGGUAGAUGUACUGAGGCAGAAAGCAUACAUGUUAUUUUAUGUGCGUGACAGAGUAAGGAGUUCGAUGAUUCAUAAAGAUAAUGGUGCCGCCAGAUUGUCAGAAAAGAAAAUGAUAUCUGAGAAGAUCGCAUGUUUGAAUGGCGCGAUUCGAAAUGGUUUGGCAGAAACAGCAUUGAAUGUUUCCUCAAUUACCAAUGGAGAUACGAAGUUGCAGAAGCAGAACCCAGAUAAUGGCCUGCCCAGCAGUAUUUGCGUUGUUUCACAAGAACAGUGUUCAAGUGAGCAUAGCAACACUGAACCUAUUAAAGCUUCAACAUCCCAAAACAAUGAGCCAGCUUCAGUACAGAAAGUCCUAUGCACACAUCCAGAUAGUGCUGCUACCUUGUCCACCAAAACAGAGCAAAUAAUUCCUGAUAGUCAAAGGGAGACAACGUCUCCAGGACAGCCUGAUGUUUGUAUUUAUGAUGCAAGCUGCGAUCAGAAGGCAUGUGAGAAACCAUUGCAGGAACUACAACUAGAACCUGAUGGUGCACUCACUGAUUCAGGCAAAGACAUCCCUGCUGCUGCUUUUCCAAUAUGCAAUGGUGCUGAUGGGUUAUUGGGGGCAAAUGAGCAGGUGAAUGAACCUCGAACAGAUCCAUUUUGCAAACCAACUCCUGAUAUUGAUACAACAACUAUUGCCGAAGUCAUCCCAACUGAGGAUACUGCUGUUUCUAAUGGAACAAUAUCCAGCAAUGAAGAUUUAACCAGUGACAAUGAAGCUAAAGAGACAGAGCCUGUUAAGCAACAUGAUGGGCUAGUUGUGGUGAAGGAACUUUCUGCGAAAAACAUUGAUGAUAAAGUAAAUGCAGAGGAGCAGGCUUCUGUGCUGAACAAUACACUGGAGGAUGGAAAGGCUUUGGUGAAGGAGCUCUCUGUGAUGGACACUGACCAUAUGGCUGAGGCUGAGGAGCAGACCUCUGUGCUGAAUAAUUCACUGGACAUUGGACUGGUCGACUCUGAGAAGAAAAUCUGUUCUGAAGGCUCUGCACAUGUGGUUUGCUCUGAAGAUUGUGCACAAGCGAUUUGCUCUGAAGACUCUGUGCAGGUGUUAGAUAAAGGCCCAUGCGAUGGCAGUUUACAUAGAAAAAUGGAAAUCAAAUCAAAGAAGCAUGUGAAAUAUCCAGUUGUCAACUUGUUUUUUGGGUCCAAACGACUGCUGUUCACUUCACUUAAACCGCACAAGAAAAGGAAACACAAGAAAACUAAAAGGCGGUCUGGAUCUUCUAUGGACAUUGAAAGCAUUGCCAAUGAUCAGCAGACAUCAACAUCAGAAACUGUUCUUACUGGGGGCUGUAAAUCUCAUAGAUGGAAGCGCUCACGCAAUACUGCAAGUUCUGAAGAUGGUGUCCAGAUUUUUAACAAGAAACAAAAUCUUGGAGACUCCAGUGCUUCUGAGCUUACCAUGGACAAGAAAGACAGCAAGGAUGAAACACUUGCUAGUGCUGAGCUAGCAAGCUCGUGCCCAAGCUCUGUGGCAAAUCCUGGCUCAGGAAAAUGUGCAUAUACAAAUGAGAAAGGCUCCUGGCAUUUUAAUCUCCUGACGAGGGGUUUAAGAGAAAUCACUGUUCCACGAUGGGAUGAUAAUGGCAUGCCAAAUACCAUGGCAACAGAGCUGCAAUAUCCGAGUUCCACGAGCAUUGGUUAUGUUUUAGAUGAACCGGACGAGUACGACCGUGGAAGGAGGAAGAAGGUCAAGAAAUGGAUAGAAGACUUCAGUGGGCCGAAACCUUUCCAAGAGACGGCAAACAUCAGAUCACGGAAAGCUGACCAGGCCAGAUCUGGGAAUCAGCCUCUCAGGAUAUGACACGCUGGAGAAGCAGAGUGUUGUAUCCUUCAGUUUUGAAAUCAAUUUUCCUCUCUUUUUUUGGGGUGUGUGCUAUCUAUCACCUCUGUGAGUUUGGACAGUUCACUUCACUGGACCUUAAUUAUUUGUAUUUGUUGUCAAUUGAUUAACGGAGAAAUGAAGUGAAAA